AUGACCUGGAGCGCUGCAUGUACCCCCUGCUGCCCGGCACCCCCCUCACUGCCACCAGCCUGCUGUCGCUCAAGCAGAGUCAGAUCACCUCGGCCGUCAGCCUGCUCGACUUUUACUGCUGCAAAAACUGCUGGUUGCCCCCAGAAUACUACCUGUACUCCACACCAGGGCAGGAUGGAAAGCUACUGUUACUGUACAAGGUGGUGAUACAAUCCACACGAAGGACGUACAUCCCUGACAAGCUGUGUGCUCUGCUGGAUGAUGCCAAGGAGCUUGCUGCUCAGACCACCCUGUGGAACCUGGACUUGUCUUUUCUGAGCGGAGCAUCCUGCGACUCUCCCAGCAGCAACUCUCCUCCUCUCGCCAUUUCCCCACCUGCUGCCACUGUCACCACUCCAGGGGUCCUGACCUGCGCCAGCCGGGCCUUCGCCUCCUGCCUCCCUCCACCUCCACCUCCUCCACCUCCUCAGUCCCCAUACCCCCUCUCCACCCUGUCUUCUCUCUCAUCACUCAGCCCUGCCGCCUCUCACACUCAGAGACUCUACAUCAGCCCGCAGUCGCCGUUCUACUGAGGUCAUUUUCUGCCAGAGGCGCUUCCUCGCCUUAGGGUCAGAAGUUAGAGGAAGAUCUACAGAAGGAAAGUGCAAGGAAGAAAAGGCAGGACUGUGUUUCUUACAGUUACGCUG